UCGCAGGGGGAGCGUGCCAUCGCGGGGAAGCGGUAGGCGCGAAGCGUUCUUCCUCCGGGCGGCGUUGGGGCGCGUGCGCGCAUGCGUCGCGAGCGGCGGGCGGGGGCCACUCGGCGCGUGCGCGCCGGGCUCUGACGGGAGCGGGAGAGGAGCGCUGCGGCUGCGCCGCGCGGGGGCUGCCGGGGCGGCGCUCGAGAGCGCGUCCGCACGGCGCACGCGUAGGAGGAGCAGCCCGUCGAGGGGCGGGGCAGAGCGGAGCUCGGCGCCGACUGAGGCGGCCACCGCCGCGAGGAACCGAGCGCGGCGGCGGCGGUUUGCCGGGCCCGCACCCGGCUUUCCCGGCCAGGCAUGAUCGAGAUGGCCACGGACAAAGAGACCUUCCUCGUCCCGGCGCCGCCGCCCCCGUUGCUGGAGGCCCGGGCCGGGGACGAGGCGCCUGAGGAGCCGCCGGCAGCCGAAGACCCCCCGCGCCGGGAGGAGCCGGCCUCCGAGCAGUUCCAGCGGCCCCGCAACGGCUUCCAGGCGCCCCCGCGGGCCCCGGGCGGCGGCGGAGGAGGAGGAGAAAGAGGAGGAGGAGGAGGGAAGCGGCGGAACAGCUGCCAUGUCGGGGGCGGCGGCGGGGGCUUCAAGCCGCCGGCCUUCAAACGGCGCCGCCGGGUGAACUCGGAGUGCGACCCGGUGCUUCCCUCGGAGUUCCUGCUGGGCGGCAACAUCUUCGACCCGCUGAACCUCAACAGCCUGCUGGACGAGGAGGUGAACCAGGCGCUCAACGCCGAGACCCCCAAGUCGUCGCCUCUGCCGGCCAAGGGACGCGACCCCGUGGAGAUCCUCAUCCCCAAGGACAUCACCGACCCGCUCAGCCUCAACGCCGCCCAGGAGGACCCGCCGGUCCUGGCCUCGCCCCUCAAGGCCGGGCGCAAGCGGCACCGACACCGCGGGAACCAGCGGGCCGUGGGGGGCUCGGAGGGGACCGGGAAGGCCGCUCCCGUGGCCGCCCCUCCCGUGGCCGCCCCCGCCGCCCCUUCCUCCUCCUCUUCCUCUUCCUCCUGCAGGUCUUGCCAGAAGGCCUGCAACGGGGCCACCCCGCAGCCCUACGAACUCAACACGGCCAUCAACUGCAGGGACGAGGUGGUCUCUCCCCUGCUGCCGGAGGGCAGGGAGCAGCCCCCAGCCCAGCCGGCCUCCAGGAGCACCGCCCCGCCUUGCCCCUCCACCUCUUCCUCUUCGGUAAGUGCCGGGAGUCGCCACCACCACCAUCACCAUCACCAUCACCACCGCAAAAGGCGCAGGACUUGUAGCAAAUCCGAAGGGGGCAGCCGUCAGCACGGGGCUGGUGAGCAGCCUGGCCGGAGCAGCCCCGAGCAGGGGCCGAGUGCGCCCCCCCGCAGCCGUCACCUCCAGGCUUCCUCCAUGCAUCAGCCGCAGCCUCGCCGGGCCUCACGCAACAAGUUCCAGUACGGCAACUACUGCAAGUACUACGGCUACCGCAACCCCAACUGCGAGGACGUUCGGCUGCGGGCCAUGAAGCCCGAGUGGUUCCGAGGCCGAGAGGUGCUGGACAUCGGAUGCAACGUGGGCCACCUGACUUUGAGCGUGGCAAAGAAGUGGGGCCCAGCUCGAAUGGUGGGGCUGGACAUUGACGGGGCCCUGAUUCAUUCGGCCCGCCAGAAUAUCCGGCACUACCUCUCUGAGGAGAUACAGGAAGAGCAGCAACAGCAGCAGCAGCAGCAGCCCCAGGACAGUCACAGCGAUAGGGAAGGGGGUCCCCCAGCCAAGAAAACCUUUCCUGCCUCUCUCACGGCCAGCCGGGGUCCGAUUGCUGCACCCAGGGUGCCCCAGGACGGGGUUGAUGCAACGGUCUUCCCUAACAAUGUGAUCUUUGUCAAGGGCAACUACGUCCUGGACCGGGAUGAGCUGCUGGAAGCUCAGAAGCCGGAAUAUGACGUGAUCCUUUGCCUGAGCGUCACUAAGUGGGUGCAGCUCAACUGGGGCGACGAGGGGCUGAAGCGCCUCUUCAAGCGCACCUACCGCCACCUGCGGCCUGGCGGGAUCUUCAUCCUGGAGCCCCAGGCCUGGUCCUCCUACAAGAAGAGGAAGAACCUGACGGAAACGAUAUCCAGGCACUACCACCGGAUUAAGCUGAAGCCUGACCAGUUCCCUUCCUACCUGACCUCCUCCGAAGUCGGCUUCUCCAGCUACGAAUUGGUGGCCAUGCCCAGAAACACGCCGAAAGGAUUCCAGCGCCCCAUCUGUCUCUUCCGCAAAGGCCAUCCUGGAACGCAUUGAGGAGCCGCGCCGGACCUCGGGGGGGGGGCCUCCCAGGCUGCCCCCCCUUUUCUUGAUGUGCCACGGCUGCUUCCCGAGGGGUGGCGGUGGCUGGGCUAGCCCCCUCCUCCCCACCCAUGAAUGUUGGCGUCUUCUAAAGGCAGGAGGGCUGGCGAGGUACAAGUGGGCAAUGGAUUCCGGAGCUGCCUGGCCUCCGCAAGAGCCCCACCCCGGAGAAAUGGGGGUGGGGGGGCGCAGCGCAGCUCUUCUGGGACGCAGGACACGUGGGGAGGGGAGGUUGAGGCAGAAGCAAGCAGCCCCCUGCCCAGGAUUGGGCCUUGUCUGCUGGGAGCACACAGCAAAUGGAAGAGAGGUGCUUUGGGGGAGGG